AUGUUCGAGGGUUAUGACCAGGGCGUCAUGUCCGGAGUCAAUAUAAGCCCAUCGUACAUUGACCUUGUCAAAAUCGGCGACGGCGCGACCGGCAAAAUCACUAGACCGACCAAACAAGGUGGCCUUGUCUCGAUAUACUAUCUCGGGACCCUUGUGGGAGCACUGAUGGGUGGUGCUUUGUCCGAUAAGAUUGGGCGACGCAAAGCUAUAUUCUUCGGCUGUCUUUGGGGCAUCUUUGGUCAAUCGAUGCAAAGCGCAGCUCAGAACGCGAACUGGAUGCUCUGUGCCAGGUUGAUUGGAGGUGUUGGGACUGGCUGCAUCAGCGCUGUGAUUCCAGUCUGGGGCUCAGAGCUUGUCGCUCACGAUAUGCGAGGGAUGGUGAUGGCGUUCGAGAUGUUCAUCAACUUUGCCGGUAUUUCCACUUCGUAUUGGCUCGAGUAUGGGCUGAGCUUUCUCAACCAGGGGAACACCCAGGUUCGGUGGCGAUUUCCCCUUGCUUUCGUCACAAUCUUUCUGGUUGCUUUAAUGGUCAUCAUCCCAUUCAUGCCAGAGAGUCCAAGAUGGGACAUUGCCAAUGGGAAGCAAGAACGUGGUAGGAAGACUCUGGCGGUCUUUCGCGCUCGAGGAGAUAUCAACCAAGCAGACGUCGAGGCGGAAUUCAACGAAAUUGUCGCCGCCGUCGAACUGGAGGCCGAAUAUCCGGCUCGGAGCUACUUCCAUUUGGUCACUGGAAUCAAGAGUGGCGAUCUUCAUCUUGGACGGCGAGCCUUUUUGGCCGCCUGGCUCCAGAUUAUGCAGGCAUGGACUGGUGUCACAAGUGUGGUCGUAUACGCUCCCACACUUUUUCGAAUUGCUGGCUUCAGUGCACACAAAGCAAACCUCCUUACCGGCUGCGCAAACCUGGUCACUAUGGUAUGCUGCGCUUUUGCGUUCGUGACAAUCGAUCGUUACGGCCGUCGCAAAGUCCUCAUGGCUGGUGGAUUUGGACAAAGCCUGUCGUUCUUCAUCCUCGGUGCUUUGUCCAAGAUCGGGGAGGACAGACACAGCCAGUCAAUCGGCGCCGCUGCUGGUUCAUUUGUCUUCAUCUAUAACGCAAUCUUUGCGGCAACAUGGCUCAGUGUGCCUUGGGUAUAUCCUUCAGAAAUCUUUCCACUCGCCAUCCGAGCUAAAGGGAACGCAUUUGGCAUAAUUGGCUGGAGCCUGGGAUGUGGCUCCGUAUCUCUUGCGGCGCCUGUGAUGUUCCAAGCGCUAGGCCCCCAGGGUUUCUAUAUCCAUGCCGUCUUCAAUCUGCUGGCCGUCGUUGUGGUAUUCUGUUUCUACCCAGAGACCAGUUGCCGAACACUGGAAGAGAUCGAUCUCCUGUUUGCCAGUAAAACACCAUUCGUCUGGGAAACGGAAAAGAGAUUCCAAGAGCUUAAACUUCAACACUCAGCUCUCGUUCGUAGAGGACAAGACUUGAAAGAAUUAAGUGUCGCCGAACAUCUUGAAGGAGCGGGAGGCCCUGGCGGGCAGAAAUAUUGA